AUGCAAGUGAACACUGAAGAUAUCACUGUCGCAUGGGGACAAGCUCCUCAUCCGCUCGAUGCACAGUAUGGCAAAUGGAGAAUGGCAGUGUUCCAAGAUGUCCAAGAGUCGAUCGACGGCUCGAAGUUGUACUUCUUGUACGAUCCACAAGCGGAUGAGCAAAGUGGAACAAGUGGGCAAAGGAAGGGAUACCCCGGAUUGAUCAUCUUUGACACCAACUUCAAAUGCUUCGCCGGAGAGAUCUCCAUUCACAGUCCAGGAAAGAUGAAGUUCCUAUUCGCUCUCAAGUGCCCAUCUCCACAGGGAGGUUCUUCAUUCGUUCUCGUCACCGAGGAAGAAAUUUACGGACAAAUUCGGCUCAACGUGUCACGCGUCGAUUUGUCGCAGGAUGGACUGUCAAUCGCCAACGUUCGUCCGUUGAUUCCCCAAGCAUUGACUAUCGGUGGAGAAUACAUUUGCUCUAUGCGCGAGGACCUCCCGGAGAUCGUUGUGAUGGCCAAUCCAGGACUCCAAGUCUGGCGAAUCAACUGCAUGGCGGAGUCUGCGCAACCACCAGUGGCCACCUUCACAGUCCCGGGAGCUGAUCUCAAUCACUUCUACGAUGGAUUCCUUAAUAAUGGAAACAUCAUCUUCCUGUCCGCUACUCCAGACGGACAUUUCGACAACACUCGUGUUCAUCUUCUCAGUUUGAACAACCCACAACAUAUCACCUCACAAAACUGUACCGGAGACCCACAACGCGGAAUGCCAAUUCCAAGAAAACAAUGCGGUUUUGACUCGGUUACCAAUGCAAUUCUCAUGGCUGGAGGAGAGGUCGACCGCGGAAACGGAUUCGAGCGACUGGUCGACUACUGGGUUCUCAACACCCAGACAUUCCAAUGGCUCCAAAUCCCGUCCACAAUGCCAUGUCCACUGAUUGAACCAAGACUCACUGCUUGCCACUCUGGCAACAUUUUCGUCUGGGGAGACUUCGACCAACCGCUCCCAGGGAUGCCACCACAUGGAACCCAUCUCCGUAUCCUCCGUGUUUCCGGACUUGAGAAAGCCAGUCACCCACCAGCCUACUCAUCUUACAACCCGGCCCCACCUGCCUACCCAUCGUUGGAUGACAAGUCUGGAGGCGGCAACCCACCAUACCCAUCCGACAACAAGCAGUACCCAUCCGGCAGCUAUGGAAACCAAGGAGGAGGUCAACAGGCUCCACCAUACCCAGCCUACAACCCAAACCAGUCCAACUUCGGAAACGCUGGAUAUCAAGGUGGACCGUCGAAUGACCAGUAUGGAAACGCCGGAUAUGGAGGACAACCGGGAUUUGACCCAAAUCAGCAAGGAGGUUACACUCAGACUUCUGACGGACAGAACGCCUACUAUCCAACUCAAAAGAAGAAGAAGAGCUGCAGCAUCCAAUAA